ACACACACACACACACACACACACACACACACAGACACACACACCUGACAGAGGAUCACCAGGAUGGAGCUACAGAAUAUGGGAGAGGACGCAAGCACCGAGAAGCUCAACGGGACCUUGCCUGAUAGUGACAAGGCGGCUGUCCUGGAAGAUGGCUAUGAGGAAGAAGAGCGUGUUUUGACUGAGGAAGAAGAGUUCCUGCCCCAUACUGCUAGCAAGAAACUGAACCAGUUCACUGACUUUGAGGGGAAGACGUCCUUUGGGAUGUCGGUCUUCAACCUGAGCAACGCCAUCAUGGGCAGCGGCAUCCUGGGCCUGGCCUACGCCAUGAGGAACACAGGGAUCGUCCUUUUUGUGGUACUUCUGAUCUGCAUUGCUUUGCUGUCCUCUUACUCCAUCCACCUGCUGCUGAAAUGCGCUGGCGUUGUGGGAAUUAGAGCCUACGAACAGCUGGGACUCCGGGCUUUUGGCCACGGGGGCAAAGUGGUUGCAGCUGUGAUAAUCUCAAUACACAACAUAGGAGCAAUGUCCAGUUACUUGUUUAUCGUUAAAUCUGAGCUGCCACUCGUGAUCCAAACUUUCUUAGGGCUGUCAGGGGACAACGGUGAGUGGUACAUGAACGGGAAUGUCUUAAUCAUCGUUGUAAGCGUUGGUGUCAUCCUGCCCCUGGCUAUGAUGAAACAUUUGGGUUAUCUUGGUUAUACCAGUGGACUCUCCCUCACCUGUAUGUGUUUCUUCCUCAUCUCGGUAAUCUACAAGAAAUUUGAGAUUCCCUGCCCCCUCAAUGGGACGCACUCUGAAAAGCCCCCCGUCUACUAUAAUGGGAACAAUGGCACUUUGGGGUCUGAUGAUGAUGAUGUCUGUGCUGCUGAAGUCUUCACUGUCAACUCCCAGACGGCCUACGCCAUCCCCAUCCUGGCAUUUGCCUUUGUCUGCCAUCCAGAGGUUCUGCCCAUUUACACUGAGCUGCGCAGGGCCUCCAAACGUCGGAUGCAGAACGUAGCAAAUGUCUCCAUCCUCGCCAUGUUUGUCAUGUACCUGCUGACCGCCAUUUUUGGCUACCUCACUUUCUACGAGAGUGUUGAAGCAGAGAUGCUGCACACUUAUAUCAAAGUUGAUGCCAUGGACAAGCUCAUCCUCUCUGUGCGGUUGGCUGUGCUGCUGGCUGUGACACUCACGGUGCCUGUGGUUCUGUUCCCGAUCCGCAGGGCCAUCCAGCAGUUGCUGUUUCACAAAAAGGAUUUCAGCUGGGUCCGCCAUGUCAUCAUUGCCUGCUGCCUCCUCGUCAUUGUCAACCUCCUUGUCAUCUUCGUGCCAAACAUCAAGGACAUUUUUGGAGUCAUUGGAGCCACGUCUGCCCCCAGCCUCAUCUUCAUCCUCCCGAGUAUCUUCUACAUCCGCAUCAUCCCCAACGAGAAAGAGCCCCUGAGAUCCAGAUCCAAAAUACAGGCUGCCUGCUUUGCUGCCCUUGGCUUCGUUUUCAUGGUGAUGAGCCUCAGUUUCAUCAUUGUUGACUGGGUAACGACAGGGAAGAGCAGCGGAGUGGGGCACUAACCCCCUCCGCCCCGCCCCCCAAAGACACAGUGGUUCUUAACAGGGAGGACCAUUUACUGACAGAGACGUGCCAUCACCCCCUCCUGUUCAUCCUCGCUCAUCCUGGAACGGCACCUCCUGUCCAUCGCUGUGGGGAAGUGGCGGAAGGCACCCUUUUGUUGUCACGACAGAGUAACCUGGAACGGCACUGGGGGGGGGGGAGCUUCUCUUUGGCCCUUCUGGGCUCUGGGGCCACGAAACAGGUGAUCGGAAAGAGGCUGCCCGUUGCCACGGAGCUAGCAUAAGCUCUCCUCGUUGGUCGGUUUUGGUGCUAUGACAACCCGAGUGACCGUUACAUGCUUUCAGCUCCUAUGGUAGCAGCACAGAGCUCGCGGCCUUCUUUUCCUCUUUGGCAGCCAGGCUGUGGCCAGCCAUUGCUUGCCGCAACAAAACUGCAUGGAGUUUUGGGUUUAUACUUUUUGUGGGGGACGGGGGUGGGUCCAGGAUAAUAGCGCACUCUCGCACGCUCUCUGUCUGUCUCAGCAUUUCGUCAUCAUUGCCAUUACGGGAGGAAACUCUGGGCAUCCCUCUUUUGUCGUUGCAGCAUUGGUGCCCGGCUGUCUCCUGUGUUUUGUUUUCAAGCAUGCAAACCGGCUCCUGCUCUUUUUGCUGCCAUGGGGGCAGAGCCUCCACCUCUGUUCCUCUGCCUGGUACCAACUGUGCCCGCUGUGCCUUAGCCCCAAGUGGAAGUGCCAAAAGCCAACGGUGCCCCUAGUGGACAAUCUAAUUUAUUUGCUAAUAUUUAAUUUGGACCUGGCCCCAGAGUCGUCCGCGACUGGACCUAACGGUCAGGGGUACCUUUACCUUACCAGACCAAAGAUUACAGCAUAACCACCCUGGUGUCGUCAUACCUCGUGUCAGGGUUUCUGUUUCUUUCUGAUAGGGCCGAGGUCUGGGGUGUUGAAACUAGGGAGAGUGGGCAGACUGGACUCCUGGGCACCCUCUUCCCAGCUCUUAGGUGGAUGUGGUGUUACAGCAGGAUGUUUGGAAACAAGGUGUUGAAGGUAGCAGGGGGGAAAUGGCUUGGUGGAGUUCCCUCAUCUCGUUGCUUAGGAGAAGAUCCUUGUGCUGUCCUGUUGCAGAACAAUGCUAGAUUUGUCCUAAGGCCACCCAGGAGAGAUUAAUUGUUCUUAAUGCUGAAAUGCUGCCAGGUUGAUUCUCUUUGGAAAACUCCCUGGGCUACGCUAUUGACUCGCUAUCCUAACAUGAGGUUGGGGCUUCUCUCAUUUGCCCUUUUCAGAACUCUUGAGGUAGGCCGAGGCAACUUUUCCGCAGCACAAUGCAUUACAGUUGACACUAAUGUACAGCAAGCAUGAAAAGGUCCGGCUGAUGGACAAUUCAAGCAAACCAAGGAGAAAAGUUUACGCUAUGGGUACUUCCCUAUUAGGCAUUUAGUGUGGAACAGCUACACUUUGUUUACGAGCUUUUCGUGGCAAAUCUACAUGAUGGCAUCUUCAAAUUGUCAUCCUCCUGCAAUUUUUACCUAUGCAACUUCCUUCUGUCUUCUCUCAGACUACAGAUU